ACCUCACAACACGUGAUAUGCACUAUGCUGGCCGAGGCUACAUGUCUAAUGAAGUAUGAUGACGCUAAUAACCUAAAAUCGAAGUUACAAUCUGGGAUGGUUCGCAAUCAUGCUGGAGCUCAAGAACUGGCGAAAGGCUACACAGCAGGAAUACGACGUGUAGAAAUAGCGAGUAUCAUUAGCUGUGGAAUCUUAGUGUUGUUUGUUUUUUGCUGUCUUUGCUGGCACUUUCGACUGAAUCAAUUGGGCGGAGUGCUCGUGAACGCUGUUUUGGCCAUUAUUGUGGCAGACUUUUUGUCAGGCUUGGUUCACUGGGCUGCAGACACCUGGGGUUCUGUUAAUGGACGUUUUGGAAGAACGUUUAUACGACCUUUUCGUGAACAUCAUAUUGAUCCAACUGCCAUGACCUACCAUGACCUCAUUGAAACAAAUGGUCACAACUGUUUACUGACAGUAAUUCCUCUGAUGAUUGUGUCUCACCAGCUCAUUACACUGUCUGAUGACAAAAUUGCAGCUACAUGCUCUAGCUAUUGGUUUGUAUUUAUUCUUUGCAUCUUUGUUACUCUUACCAAUCAGUUUCAUAAGUGGUCUCAUACUCACAAUGAUUUGCCUUUCUGGGUUGAGAAAUUGCAAGACUGGCAUAUUAUCCUGCCGAAGAAACAUCAUCAUAUCCAUCAUGUUUCACCUCAUGAAACCUACUUUUGUAUAACAACUGGAUGGCUAAACUAUCCCUUGGAAAGGAUUCAUUUCUGGUCAACACUUGAAUGGUUGAUUGAGAAAACAACAGGCUUACAUCCAAGGGAUGAUGACUUGCGAUGGGCAAACAAAACAGACUAAAUACAAGUUGUAAUGGGAGAACGACAUGUGAGAAAGAAUGACAUGUAAGAAGAUGACUUCAAUACAACAGCUAUAAAUCUUGUAGUUUUCAUGUCACUGUCAUUGACACAGAGUUGCAUUACUUUUUCUAGUUGUGACUCAUUUGUGUUAAAUUAAGCUACAUCUCUAGAGCAGAUCGAGCAACUGUUACUUAAUACAGGUCUUUUGCUCAGUAUUGUGUGUGGCAGUGUUAUAACAUUAUUGAUGAAUUAGUCACCAUAUAUGGAGUAGAAAAGAUGAAAGAAGAGCAGCUGUUGUUUGUAGAACAGGCUGUGUAUU